CUGUUGUAAACAUGAUCACUAUGGGUUUUCUCUAAGAACUUCAAGUGUGCAUGAUGCUUGGGUUAACUGAUAUUAAUUUAUUUCACCUGUCCUGUCACCAGAGUUAGUCAUCUGUAACACAUUGCUCGCGUUCAAAGGCAUGUAUUCUUCUGCAGAACUGCAGUCAUUUUCAGGAAAGCACCGCGGAAUAUGACUAAUCAUGUGCUUAUUGUCACACAACAGUUUGCUCAAUAAACCACUUAAAUAUUAACUCAAAAGAGAAUUUGUUUACAAAGAACUGAAUCUGUGUAGGAGGGGGAGAGAGAGUUUCAGAAUUAAACAACAGCACUCUUAUGCUAUUUCUUUUUUCUAUAUCAAGACUAAAUACACAGGAAAGCAUCUACUUCGCAGCACAGCUGAGUCAUGCUUAGACGGGAAAUAACAAAGUACAUGUGAUUUGUGGUUUUUGUCUCAUGGUCAUAUAACCUAUAAUGUUUUUGUGUGAAUUCAUGCUGUGGAGUUCACAUCUGGCCAUCUUCAGUAGAGUGACUAGUGUUGCCAAAAAGUACAUGCCAAAAAGAUUACAACAUCUGUGAAACAACAUGCUUGUGUUUAUUCCUUAGGUCUAAAUGGACUGGGCCCUUGUUAUAGUUUUGCAACUCAUGUUUCAACCAUCUCUCUCAGUUUUGUUCACUGUUCAGGCAGAGAGAUCCACAUACGAGUCAGAGUUUGGCGGAGAUGUUGUGAUGGGCUGCAGGUUUCAGCCUAAACUAUCAAACCCUGCUCUGAAGGUGGUCUGGACCAGGAUCAACACGGGCCAGUCUUUGGAAGUGUACCGUAUGGGUAACGGGGUGGAGCAGUCGGUGUCUCCGGACUAUCUUGGACGGGUAAAGAUUCUCACUGAGGAGUUCCAGGAAGGCUGGGCCAAGUUAAAGAUCUCCGGGCUCAGGAUCAAUGACUCUGGGAUCUACAAGUGUUUGGUGGACACAACAGAAGGAGCUGACUAUAAAUCUAUAACUUUGUCUGUUAAAGCGCCUUAUAAAGCAGUGACUAAACGCAUUGAGAAGGUUGCUGAGGGGGAUGGGGUGCUGCUAACCUGUCAAUCUGAGGGAUACCCUGAGCCACCUGUUGUGUGGAUGGAUGGGCAUCUGCAGAGACUUGACCCCAACACAACUGCAGAAUCAACACCAAACCAACUUUUUAAAGUCACCAGUCAAAUACACGUCAGCUCAUUGGACAAAAACAACUACACAUGUAAUUUUACAAAUGAGCUCUCUGCAACAUUUCAUAUUCCAGAUGAAAUACCCACUCCACAUGUGAAAAACGAUUCUUUCAUCAUUGUGUUGAGCAUCAGCGUGGUAAUGGCUGUUAUCAUCAUUGCGGUGCUCAUGUAUCGACGACGAAAAGGGUUCAGCACUCUCAGCACUGGGAACCUUCUGGUCGAUGGGCAGGGCAGGCCGGCUUCCCCUGCCUAUUGUAUGGAGGAAAAUUUAGGGGCCUUUCUGAAAGCCCUCUAUUGUAACUUCAGCGCAGAGGCGAGGAACCACUGGAAUACUUUUUGUGUCGAGGAGCUGCCUCAUAGGCUGGAAAACAAUGAGGGUCAACCUGUGAAUCUUCAAGCUGUACUUCCAGAAGCUGGACAGACACUUUUUCUCGAGGGACCCCCAGGAAGCGGGAAGACAGCCCUAUCCUACAUUUUGGUCUCUUCUUGGACUGAAGGGCCCACACACUCCUUCUCUAAUCCCCUUGAUCUCAACGCCCUUCAACUUCUUUUAUAUGUCGACUGCACCUUCGUGAAGGGUGAUUUGUUUCAGGAAAUUAUGGCCCAACUUUCUCUCAGGGAAAAGAUAACAGAGGAUGAACUAAGGACUGUGUUAAUCAGGUCCAGUGAGGCUCUGUUGUUGUUGGAUGGGUAUAAAGAAGGAAACCACCUUUUUGAUGAGUCCCUAAGGCAGUUCCUAAGCGAAAGAUGUGGAUGCAGGGUGCUGGUCAUGGCCUGCCCGGAUCACUGCCCCACACUCAAGGAGACAGUUGGGACAUUAACGGUGCUGAAGCUUCAAACACAAACAGUGAAAUACUGAAGCCACAAGACUUUGUGCAUAACAAACACAUUUGUUACAUUGUAAAUAAAUGUGUGUGUUGUGUUUUUUAGAAUUUAUGUUACCGUUAUCCAAUAUGUGGUCAGAUUUUUCAUAAUUUGCAAGUGAAUGUAAUAUUUUGUAUAUAUAAG